CCGGAGCUGAAUUAAAUAAUGUACAAAACGAAAGUUAAAAAAGCCACGAACUUAGUUCGCCGUUGUGUACGAUGGCGGCGUGCAGAUGGUUUCUAUCUCUUUGACGGAGAAAAUGAGCAGGCCUACAGCGAGUAACGUUGAUUUCCUGCAUAGAGUUGUUUCUUCUCCCUAACAUCAGUUUACAAGACGUAUGGCUUCCUCCAGCAGCGCUCUGUCUGAAGAGCAGCUACAGUGCUCCAUCUGUCUGGAAGUGUUCACUGAUCCCGUCUCCACUCCAUGUGGACACAACUUCUGCAGGGAUUGCCUCAAGAAAUGCUGGGACUGCACUCAGUAUUAUAACUGUCCGAUGUGCAAGGAGACUUUCAAAAAGCGACCUGAGCUCAGAGUCAACACAACAUUCAGAGAGUUUGUGGAUCACUUUAAGAAGCGCAGUAAUGAUGGAGAGCAAAUGGUGCGCUGUGAUGUGUGUAUGGGGAAGUGCAAAAGAGCGGUGAAGUCUUGUCUGAACUGUGAAACGUCGUUUUGUGAAACUCAUCUGGAACCCCAUAAAACUGCACCAAAACUGAGGGAGCACACACUCAUUGACCCUGUGGAGAAUCUUGAGGAACACAUAUGUCAGAAUCAUAAAAGACCUUUGGAUCGGUUCUGUAGAAGUGAUCAGGUGUGUGUGUGCCAUUUCUGCGCCCAGGGAGACCACAAGAGCCAUGAAAUCGUUCCUCUAGAAGAGGAGAGUGGAAAUAAAGCGGCUGAGAUAAGGAAAACUCAAAAGAAUAUACAUCUUAUGAUAAAGGAUAAACAAGAAAAGAUUGAAGAGAUCAAAGCUUUGAUGGAGUGCAAGAAUAGAAACACUGAGAAAGAGCAGACAGAAACUGAGGCACUUUUUGCGGCAUUGGUGAGCUGCAUUGAGAAAAGCAAGGAGGAACUUCUUGAAGUGAUGGAGGAGGACAGGGAAGCGGCUGAAGGGCGAGCUAGAGCUCUUACUAAAGAGCUGAAGAAGGACAUCACAGAGUUAAAGUCAAGAGACGCUGAAAUUGAGAAGAUCUUGCAUACUGAUGAUCAUCUCCACAUCCUGCAGGCCAAGCAGUCCCUUUGUAGACCUACACGGCACAACACCCUGCCUGUAUUUAACUGUAACACACAUCUAGAUACAGAGCCGCUGAAGAAAACACUGUUACAAUGUCAGGAAUCAUUCCGCAAUCAAAUGGAGGAGCUUCCUAUCAUAAAACUUAAGAGGAUUCAGAAAUAUGCAGUCGAUGUGACUUUAAACCCCACCACAGCACAUCCAACUAUCAUUUUGUCAGAAGAUCGGAAACAAGUGUGGUGCGGAGGAGAAGAGCAGAAUGUUCCAGACAGUGAGGAAAGAUUCAGUUUGCGUGUUAGUGUUCUCGGAGAGGAGGGAUUCUCCAAAGGGAAAUUUUACUUUGAGGUGCAAGUCAUGGGGAAAACAGACUGGGAUAUAGGGGUGGCUAAAGAGUCUAUAAAAAGGAAAGGACUUAUCUCACUGAGCCCAAAUAAUGGAUACUGGAUUUUUUGGCAUAGGAAUGGUGAUGAGUAUCAUGUUAGUGAUAAUCUCCCUAUACAGCUUGAUAUUAAGGUGAAGCCCCAAAAGGUUGGAGUAUUUGUGGAUUAUGAGGAAGGUCUUGUCUCCUUCUAUGAUGUAAAUGCCAGAUCUCACAUCUACUCUUAUAGCGGUCAGACCUUCACUGAGAAACUUUACCCAUAUGCUUGUCCAUGUUUACAUCUUUUGGGUAAAAAUGCAGACCCACUGGUCUUCACUUCUGUUGAACGUUGUGAAUGAAAGGAAAUUAUUCACCUUUUAGAUAUGAAAGCUGAGAGAAUCAUCUGAAAAUAUUGAAAUGUCCGUAAAUAAAUUUAUACAGAGGUUUAAAUAUACACAUAUAUAUAUAUAUAUAUGCCUGUUGGAGCCAAACUGUGUUAUGCUGUGUUAUUUCCAUUUUAGCCACUGAGUGGCGCUGUUGAAACGGUAGUGGAUGUUUUAUUUAAGCGACUUGGCUUAUGAGGUAAGCCAGGUGUUUGACACGAAAGCGCAAAAAGGUUUUUAUUGCAUUCUCAAUUCGCAACCACGUAAGUAGCUCAUGGAAAUUGUAAGCUUCAUAUGUGUGAGUACAUUGAGGAAAGCGUGUAAACCUACAGGAUUAAACAAUUCGGCAGUUUAAAGUUUAAGAUUUAGCUCAUACAAUGUCUUUAUGUCAUAUAAAUAAAAGAAAGAAUCAAAGUAGAUGUAAAAAAUCUCGUUCGCAUCUCUUUUCUUAUAAAAACUUCGCAACUGUGUGCUAGUGAUGCUGUUGUAUUAGCCUAUGUUUCCAAUGUACCCGUUUGUUAAUUGCAGCAUGGCUCCCCCUGGUGCUCAAACAGUAGUAGGCGGAAAUAAAAUAUACUUCUUUAUUUA